AUGAGCGCCCAGCUCGCCCUGCCCAGCUACCAGCCGUGUCCACCCGACGUGGCCCACGCCGGGCCCUACUUCCCCGAAGGCGGCUGGGCACCGCAGCCCGAGGCCUACCCGGCCGCUCCGCCCUUCCUGCCCUUCCAGAUGCCAGGAGCGGAGAAGGGCCGGCCCGAUCCAGAGCUUUCUCCGGCUUCGUCCUGCUCCGAAAAGGUGAGCCAGUCCACCCCCGACUCGGCCACAAGCCCCAGUGCCCACCCGUCCUCCCCGCAGGCCUGGCCCGGCAGCCAGGCCGAGGAGGACCAGACCAAGGGGCAGAUGAAGAAGUCAAAGAUAAGGACCGCUUUCACCCAGACUCAGCUGAACACCCUCAACCGGCGGUUCCAGACCCAGAAAUAUCUGAGCCCCCAGCAGAUCCGGGAUCUGGCCAUGAGCCUAAACCUCACUUACAAGCAGGUCAAGACCUGGUUCCAGAACCAGAGAAUGAAGUCUAAGCGGGAUCGGAAGGACAACCUGUGGACAGGCCGGAGAGUCAGUAUGGUUCAGAACGGCUCUCUGCCUGCCACCUACAUGAGCCUGUACUCGGCCCUGCAACACAGCUACCUGGUGAAUCCUGCAACGGGGAACCUCCCGCCAUGGGCGGGCCAGGCCUGGGCCAGCGAGCCUCAGGGUUUUGUGGAUGGGGUCGGGCAGCAGCAGCAGCACCCUGCCGAGGCCAGCCAGCCUUUCGCCAAAGCCAUGGUGGGGAACUACCCGCCCCAGCAGGCGGCCCUGACCUUUAGCAGCCCCGGGGCUGCAGACUGCCUUCCUGCCUUCCCCACGGACCUGCCGCUGGCGCACAUCAAGGCGGAAGACAGCUACAGCGACCCUACGUUUCUAGCUGCUCACUCCCAGUUCCCAGACACGAGUGGCCUCCACCUGUACCAGCCAUAA